AUGGCGGACUUCCCAUGGGGUCCAUCACUGAGGGACCAUGACGUGGACAGACGAGUCCUCGAGGUCUUCCAGAAGUUUCCGCAUGAAGCCACUAGCUGGAAAGUUGGUCACCGCACGAUGGUGGCGAUGCUGGUUGAUAAGGUCUCGCAAGACUGGAUUCAUGGCUCGCUGUGCUCACUGCACCAUCGUAUUGGCCUUCAUUGGGAGGGCCUUUUGACGGCUGAUGCGAGUGUUCAUGUGCCCGGGCUCAACCAUUGCUACCCAUUGGUUUGCGCCGGCGAGAAGAUCCUCAUUGCUGGAAUCCCGAGAUCGGUCGGCCUCGUGGUGGACAGGCAAGUAUUUCUGGACUGGGACCCUACGGUGGUCAAGACAUGUGCACUGAAGGUGGUGAAGGCCCCGUUGGAGCCUACUCCUGACCUGGUCACACCGAAGAAGAUCAUUGUGGAAGGAUCCAUUUCGGAUUUCACCCUGCUCCAUGCUGUACGCAUGUACUCUUUCACGCUCCCACGAGAGAUUCAAGUCCAGCUGAAACUGUCUCCAGAUCAUUUCUUGCUUUACGGUGAACUGCAAUUGUUGCCACCUGGGAAAAGAGCCAAGGUCAACCCAUCUGCGACAGCCCUUCAGGUGAUUCGUGCUCGCAUUCCACUACCUCAGGAACCCCUUGCGACAUUAUGCUCGUCCUAUACUCAGCAGCAUAACCUCGAUAGGAGCCACUUGGAACGCAGAGGCAUUUUCGCAAGUGUGAUUGAAAAGAACGGUGACUUCUUUUUCCUUGAUCCUGUGCGCUUUGUUGCUUUACUCGGCACGGUCACAGACAUCGCUAUCCUUCUUGACCUGAGCAAAGCAUUUCAUCAAAUUGGCAAUGCUAUCAGUGUGCCACAUGCCUUGAUGUGUUUCUUGAUCAUGCUCUCAUCGAUCACGAAGCAACAGCUGCCAAUUCAAGAGUGCCUCCGCAAGUGCUGGCUAAGCCGCAUCCAUGCAGAUGUCACGGUUGUGCUGGUUGAAAAUGACCAUGUUUGGAUCCGGAACAUUGUUCAGUUUGUGCACAUGCUCCCAAAACCAAGGUUCCAUGUCGCCUGCCCAAACGCCAAGGUUGUGUUUCUUGAGGAAACCUUCCUCAUCGAAGUCGGCCAGCAUCAGAGCUUCCGGGAACUUGGUACGAUGCUGUUUCGCUUGCCAUUGCAUUUGAUGAUGCAGAUUCGUGUUGAACACUUCAUCAAACAGCCACGUCCUACCGAUUUCGUGUGUGAAUUCUUGGCUGUGGAAAAAGACUUUGAUCUUUAUCUUGGAGGUUACUUUCUGUGCACGAUUCGGGCUUGUGAACGACCUUUGAGGUCAGCCAGUGUUGAUGAGCCAGCAAACCUGUAUGGGAUCCCCACUGUCCAUCAAGGCUCUGCGCUGCCGUUUGGGCCGUUUGAUCCAGAAGAUUUGUUGUUCGCUCAAGCGAUUGAAAAUCUUGAGAACCUCAAUUGCAUUACUUCGUACCCAGGGAGCACAUUCGUGAUUUGGGCAGAAAAGAACCUCUGGGCCUUUACGCCCUUCGAUGGCACAGAAGAGCACUUUGCCACACGUAUCAAGACUGCCUUUGACCGACUUGUCCCUUCCGAGAAGGCUGUGGUGACUCCACUUCACAAGCAUUUUCGUUGGAGAACAGACACCCAUGGCUUUAUCAUCCGCAGCCUGGAGCAAACGGAGUUUGAGGAAACCACCACGGUGCUGUUCGAGUCUCCACGUCCGCGGAUGGUGAUUCGACUUGCUGAAGUUGUCCAGGUCCUCUUUGUCCAAGUCCCAGCCGAAUUGCAGGUUCGAUUGCACCAGAUCCUCUCUCGGAUCUUCGACGUCAGUCCGGCAAUGAUCACAGUUACGGAGGUCUACAAUCUCUGUGGGUGGGUGCUGCUGAAAAGAUGGAGCGCAAUGCUUCCUUUCAAGGACUGGCAGGACCCUGUUGAUAUGACAUCAGUCCCACCGACCAAGCUUCAAGCCAUCCAAAUUGCCAUUGAGUCCAGCCAAGAGGAAUGGCACGCUUCAGGGGCUGACCAGAGCCUCUUUCGCUUCGCCACUCAAUGCCGUACCAGGUUUCUGGCGUACCUUGCAAGGUCUACGACUGCUGUCUCCUCGGCCGUCACCACGCCGCUGUCAACCAAUGUCCACUCCAUUGAGAUCAACCCCGAGGCCCGCGCGGCCACACUCUCGCCCUUUUCCGGAGAAACUCCUCGCCACUUGAUCGAUUAUAUCAAUCGUCGCCUUGAGGACUUUCGAAGCGAGCCGACAUGGGCUGCGAGUGAUGAGAUUGAUUUCGCUCUCGACGUCGUCAGGCUGUAUGUUUCGCAUACGUUGAUCAUCACACCGUUGGUCUGGGACACACACACUACCUCCUUUCGGUCGAUCACAGGUGUGGAGACGCCCUUGGCAGGUUUUACCGAUUUUGUGGUUCCGAUCGGCAGACACUGGGUCCAGUGCGACGUAUUUGCCCAAGGACAAACCCUUUUUGUCCUUUUCGCCAACUCUCUUCCCAAUGAUGCAGACCCGCAGGUCAUCGCAGUCGCUUUGGGCAGGUUGUUUGGAGCACAUGAAAGCAAUGUCACCUUCGUUGCCAGUGACACUAGUACACCAGAGGGGAUGUGCGGUUGGUCCCUGAUCAAAAGACUGUUCGAUCGCUACCGCAUCCCUAUCCCUGCCGUUGCCGUUCAGAUGACACAGGCACUGUCCGAGUCGCAGUUCAGCCAAGUCCUUGCAUUGAUUUUAGAUCACGCAAAUGCGUCUUGGGCAGACAACACAGAUGACACAACCAGGACCAGCGGAAUAUAUGUCGGCCGGAGCCCAAGACGGGGACGCUACAAUGUCCCCUACUCCCUCGCCUGCCGGCCCAGUUGA